CAGAACGGGAUUUAGGGUUAGGGUUUUUUGAAGCUGUUCACGCAGUUGCAAUGGAGGAGAUAACUGAAGGCGUGAACAAUAUCACCGUCAAUGCCUCCGAUUCGCACAAGAAGAACCGAAUUCAGGUAUCGAAUACCAAGAAGCCACUAUUCUUCUAUGUAAAUCUUGCCAAGAGGUAUAUGCAACAGUACAAUGAGGUGGAGCUCUCUGCUUUGGGAAUGGCUAUUGCCACAGUUGUCACAAUCGCAGAAAUUCUGAAAAACAAUGGACUGGCUGUUGAGAAGAAAAUCAUGACAUCGACUGUUGACAUAAAGGAUGAUUCUAGGGGAAGACCGGUGCAAAAGGCCAAGAUUGAGAUAGUACUUGGGAAGUCGGAAGACUUUGAUGACUUGAUGGCCGCUGCAGCUGAGGAGAGGUUGAUUGCAGCUGCGGAGGAGCAAAGCUGAAAAAGGUUCCUUGUUCGGGGCUUCGCUUACAGUGUGUUUGGCUUGAAUUAUGUACUCUAAAGUUGGUUCUGGAAAUAAAUUUUGUUUAAGUAUAUUAUUCAAGCAUAGAAUAUGUUAUGGAAAAGGCAUUUUCUAUAUGCUAUAACCUCUUUUCGUCGAUA